AUGGAAGUUAGCUUCGUCAAUCAUAUCCCAGAUGAUGGCAAUAUCUUGAUAGUAGAAUGUACAUGCCAAGAGUUCCCGAAAGGUUACCCAGAUGAGGAGCUAAAAAUGAUGGCAAAGAAAGAGUUGAAAAAGUUACUUGACAAGAUUCGCAUGCAAGAUUUAUCCUUACUUCAAAAGGAUGAUACGUUGCUCAUUAUAUGUUUUGAUUCUACAGAUAUAACAAUCGAAGGUUGGGAAGUCAUUGUUGAAGAGCUCAAGGAGAAAUCAACUUUGUGGUGUCAUAGAGAAAUAUUUAUAUGCUCAAAGAGUGAAACUACUAAAUCUUUGACAAUGAGAAAAUUUAUUGAAAAUAAUCCAAUCUAUACUUCUUUCAAGCACAACCUUAAAAAUGCAAGACCAUUCGAAUACGAUGAUGAUGUUAAGGAUUUUAUGGUCAAAAAGAUACUAUCAGAACUGUAUGUAAGCCAUAAAUUAACAGAAGAUCAGCUUGAAGACCUGUUGGCAAAAUGUAACAAUUUGGAAGAAGUUUUCCAGGAACUGGGAAGGGUCCCAUCUAAUUCAUGA